UAACCUAGCCGAUGAAGAAAAUAUUUUCUUCAGUCGCAUUUGUGACUGUCCCCAAGACGGUUCUAUAUUUAGUUGUAUUUUUGGCGCCGCUGCCGGUUUAUAUUUAUUUUUCUUUCUUUCAUUUCAAUACGAGAAACACCGCAAAGUGAAAGUAGAUUUCUCAGAGAAGUUUCAUUGGAAUUUUCUUUAGAUUUGUUUUCUUUCAUUGUUUCACAUCGAAAUGCAACUAACGCCAGAUUACCUAAUUUCGGAAUGUGGUUGUCCGCAAGUGCCUUCCAUUCCCAGUGCCACAGAAUACCCUGCCAACUUAAAAGAAAACUAUUUACCAAGUGCAAAGCUUAGAUUUCACAAUUAUAUCACAUCGUCGAGAAGAAGACUGCUACCGAGAAGGGAAUCACUCUCGGAUUACUAUGACAAACUGUUGAUGAACUCAACAGCGCAGACGACUACUACAACGACGAUGACGACGAAAGUGAUAGAUAUUUCCAAAAGGCAACUACCUAUGCAAGCUGAUACAUUGAAACAUAUGAAAUGUGCUAUGAAUGAGGCGAUUCGGAAGGCUGAUAACAAGCAAUAUAGUCGAAGUCAACAAUCGGCAAUUUCUGUAGAUAGUAAUAAGAAGCAAUACCGUUGAGAGAGAGAAAGGUAAAGAGAAAGAACACAAAUAAGAGACACAUUGGAAUUCUCAGAAAAUUAGUUUAAGUAACAUUUUGUACAUAAUAAAUUAUUUUUUAAAGAUGA